CGAUGAUAUAUAGAUAUAUAUCUUUAACCAUUUUAUCAAAUUCAAAAAAGGGUUGAAUUUGUGAAAUUGAAUUUGUUAUCCUCUUCAUUUUUUUUUUGAAAAAAAAAAUGAGAGGAAUAUCUGAUAAUGUUCAUGGAGUUAUAUUAGCUAUAUCAUCAAGUAUUUUUAUUGGAGCAAGUUUUAUUAUUAAGAAAAAAGGCCUAAAAAAGGCAGGUGCAACAGGAGGAACCAGGGCAGGUUCAGGAGGACACUCGUAUCUGUUGGAACCAAUGUGGUGGGCCGGGAUGUUAACUAUGAUCGUUGGAGAGGGAGCUAACUUUGCUGCUUAUGCGUAUGCCCCUGCAAUUCUUGUGACUCCUCUGGGGGCUUUAAGUAUAAUUGUGAGCGCAGUGUUAGCCCAUUUUAUUUUGAAGGAGAGACUGCAUAUGUUUGGGAUUGUUGGUUGUGUCCUCUGCUUGGUUGGCUCUAUUAGUAUUGUCUUACAUGCUCCUCUGGAAAGGAAAAUUGAAUCCGUCAUGGACGUUUGGCACCUAGCAUCAGAAGCAGGAUUCAUUAUAUACACAUGUGUAGUCGUGGUGGCUGUGCUUGUCCUUAUUUUCCGGUUUGUGCCUAAAUACGGGCAGAGGUAUAUGGUCAUUUACAUCGGAAUCUGUUCUCUCACGGGGUCUCUCACGGUCAUGGGAGUGAAAGCAGUCGGAAUCGCGCUUAAGCUCACAUUUGAAGGAAAGAAUCAGUUCAAAUAUUACCAGACAUGGUUAUUUACUGUGUUUGUUAUCAUCUUUUGCCUUUUGCAGCUGAACUAUUUGAACAAGGCACUCGACACAUUUAAUACUGCAGUGGUUUCUCCGGUAUACUAUGUCAUGUUUACAACACUGACCAUACUUGCCAGCAUGAUAAUGUUUAAGGACUGGGAUCAUCAGACUGCAACACAGAUAAUAACAGAACUAUGUGGCUUUGUAACUAUCCUAUCUGGUACUUUUCUCCUUCACAAAACCAAGGAUUUGGGGAAUAGUCAAUCAACAAAUGCUAUUCUUCUUCCAAAAAACAAGGACAUAGAAAGUAAGGCGACGAACGAAAACUCGAAAGAAAUUAUUGAAGUUUGAAGAAAACUUCACAAGGGGGUUGUGUGUUAUCUGUACUUUGUAUUAUGGAAGAUAGAAGCAUUUCUUGUUUGGAGAAAAAACAAUAGAAUUCUAUGUGAAGCUAUGGCCAAAAAAGGGCAAAGAUUUUUGACAGUAUAUUGAGAUGCUUCCUCCUUUGUGUUAUGUUGACUUUGAGUAAAUCAUGAUUUGAAAUGCUUCUUUUGAAUGAUGUAUAAUGGUGUGAGAAGAGAAAUGGAUGUGAAAAAAUGUUCUUGGUAAACAAUUUCAUUGUGUAUGUAGGGACAUGAGUACAAUAUGUAUUGAUAUAUUAUUGUUAGUUAAUUUG